AUGGGCUGUCGGGAGGUUCACGCAGCCACGGUGCUGGCCUUCCUGAGUGGCACAGCGUCAGUGGCCGGGCUGCUGGCAGCGGUGCUGCUGCCCAACUGGCGGCAGAUGCGGCUGUGCACCUUCAACCGGAACGAGCGGAACCUGACGGUGUUCACGGGGCUGUGGAUCAAGUGCGCACGCUUUGACGGCAGCCGCGACUGCGUCAUCUACGACCCGCAGUGGUACAGGGCCGUGGACCAGCUGGACCUGCGCGUCCUGCAGUUCGCCCUGCCCCUCAGCAUGGCCACCGCAGCCGCUGCCCUGCUGCUCUGCCUGGUGGGCAUGUGCCACACGGCCUUCGUGUCCAGUGUGCCCAACGUCAAGCUGGCCAGGUGCCUGGUCAACAGCGCGGGCUGUCACCUGGUGGCCGGCCUGCUCUUCCUGCUGGCCUGUGCCAUCUGCCUCACCCCCUCUGUCUGGGUCAUCUUCUACAACAGCUACCUGAACAGGAAGUACGAGCCCAUCUUCAGCUUCGACAUCUCCGUCUUCAUCGCCAUUGCCAGUGCCGGCGGGCUCUUCUUCACCUCUGUGCUGCUCUUCCUCUGGUACUGUGCCUGCAAGAGCCUCCCCUCUCCCUUCUGGCAGCCCUUCUACUCACACCCGCCCAGCAUGCACAGCUACAACCCCCAGCCCUACUCUGCCCGCUCCCGCCUGUCCGCCAUGGAGAUUGACAUCCCCGUGGUCACACACACCUCCUAA